UUCAGAGAUAUUCCACUUCAUCAUUAAAAUAAUGAAAAAUUGAAGAACUCCUCCUCAAAACAUCUUGUUGUCGUAAAAGAUCUCCUCCGGCGGCCUAAUUGGAAAAGUCUUCCGGAAUCGAUUUAAUCGAAAGGUUCCCUGGCCUCCUUAAGAAAGUAUCCGGGUUGUCUCCCGAUGAUAAAGAAAAUUAAUGUAACAAGAAGGUAAAAAGGAAGCUAAUAAUGCGAAGAUAAAAGCUUAAAAGAAAGUUGGAAAUUAAUUAAAGAAAAUUGUAAAAAAAAAAAGUACUGUUUUGGAAAGAAAAAAAUACAUAAAAAAUUAGGAAGAAGAAGAACGAUGAAUAUGGCGUAGAAUUGGUUCCCUUUUUGUUUUUGAUUUUGUUAAUAUUUUUUGUUUGGAUAAAAUAUUAUCCAAUUUUUUUCCUCCGAAAUUCUAACUUCCUCCAAAAUCCUCCUCGUUUGACUACUUCAAGUUGUGCCAGAUUUAUGUGAGUCCGCUGGGCUAGUCAAAUCCGUCGGGCCUAUGUGCUAUGAUCAUUCGGGCCAAUGAGAAUAUUGAGCCAUAUAUCUGAUUGGGGCCGCCUUCCACUUGCACUGGGUCGUCCCAGCGUUAGGCCUUGACUAGUUAAUAUUUUAGGUGAACACAAAUGCCCCCCACAAAAUUAUUCGGGACAAAAAUCUUCACUUUUAGUCCAAAUAAUUUUGUUUGGAUUGAAUAUUUUUAAAUCAACUGCUUCGCGCGAGUGUAAUAUCACGUCACUUUAAUUACUCGUCGAUCAAUUCUCUCGGGUCCUUUUGCCGCCGUUUCAGAAUCCUUUUCGUGGAAACUUCCUCUUUUCUCAAACCAAGAAAACCCACAUUCCACUUUCUUUGUUUUGAUUUUCCAACCAAGCCUCCAUUGGUACUCUCCCUCUCUUCUCCCCGUUGGCAAGAAAAGGUCAUUCCAUCUCUAGAUCGACCAACGGCAGCCCCGACAUCCAUCAUCCGGUAACAAUUUGGCGGUCCUUCGUGCAGUCCAGAAGUUUUUGGGGGCGAUUUGGCGGGUCUUGGCAGGUCGUGGUGCGGUUCGGCGGUUCUUGGCGAUUCUUGGUGGCAACUCAAUGAUCGAGUGACUUUUCCGGCCCGCGCACCUCGGGAGGGGUUCCGAUGUCGAGGGCUAAACCGGGAGUCUAAAUCGGCCAUACCCAUAUGACACUUUCGGGGGAGGUGACUUCGGCAUCCGAUGGCGGUUGGCGAGUGCUCGCGCCAUUCUUGAGAGACAAUGAAGACUCAUCCGAGGGUUUUCGUGACAUUUUCGGAGGGGGUAAAAUCUUAUUGGCUCAACCUUGGUUUACUCUUAUAGUUUUCCUUCCCGUGUAUUUCGUUUACCUAGCGAUGCUUUAGAGUUCAAAUUUUGAAUGGAUAUGCUAGGUCCUACCUUUGAUGCGUGGUGGCAUAGUUGGGGCAUCCAGGACAUGUUGUCGUUAUGUGCUGAUUUCCUCCCUAGUGAUAUUUUCAUGGCUAAGGCUCUAUUGUGCUUUUGGAGUCCUAACAUUAAUUCUUUUGUGUUUUCUUUUGGGGUUUUAACCCCGACGGUAUUGGAUGUAGUGGCAAUCCUAGUAUUACCUUCGAAGAGAAUAAAGCCUCCUUUGUUUCCGUCUUGCAAACCAGAUCGUUUGCCCAUUUCUGUGACUUAUGAUAGUAACACUACUGUGGGUCAGGUUUUUGCCUCAAAUAAGCUUGUUGGUGCUGUUGAGCCCUCCGAGAACAAUGUGUUCCUCAUGUAUUGGUUUAGCAAGUACUUCACAUGUUGUGUGUUGAAGGGGUUAAUUUGGGAGGCCGAACCAAUAUUGAAUGCCAUUAUUUACGGUGCCGAAAGCUUCAUACUUUUUGGGUCUAUUAUACCGUGGUAUAAAUGAUUUUCUAAGGAAGCUUUUUGUUUCGACCUCCCGUGAGCCGGUAGGAUCUGGUCCCUUAUGGUCCCUUGAGCUGUGGGCGCGGCUAUACUUCCUAGUCUAAUCAACCCGCAUCCUGACCUCUCGCUUAGUCAGUUUACUGUUUUGGGUCCAUAUCUAGCAUCGUGCCCUUCUUUUAAGGGUAACCUUCAUUAUGUGGCAUACUUCAUCCUACAUGAGAUUGAUCGAUCCCCAUGUGACUUUUCUCUUUUAGUCGGCCACUCUACCGGCCCUAUUUGGCUUGCUGCUCCCGGAAAUGAUAAUCAAAUUGUCGAGAGCGCCCUCCGUACGAUCUGCUAGAAUAAAUGCUUGACCGCCCGGGUCUUGGUCGAAAGCUUAGCUUUAGGCUCUCGAUAUAAUCCGUUGCUUGAAGAAAUCUACCAGCCUCAGUACUGUACCCAAAAAUUCGGAUUGACUCAGGGGGUCCCUUUUUUCAGCUUUCUUUUACCGCUCCCACUCGAACCGGGUCAGAGCCUAGGAUUGGUAGUUGUCGAUGCCUGACGAACUUACAUCCGUGAGCCAGAGGACCUUCCACAUUUGUCCUAUCCCCUUGAUUCAAGCACCUUGCCCUUAUUUGACCGAUGGUGGGUUGAUUUUCUUACCCACACAGACUUGGCCUCUUUGCAACUCUCCCUAGUUAAAUUGGUGGAUGAAUGUUCGAGUGACGAGGAGUCGCCUGAUGUUGUCUCCGAGGGGGUAGAGGAAAUGCCCGCGCCUCUAGCUACGGGUAAUCUUUGUCAUUUACCGUGUGGUUUGGUGGUGCAUAUUUACACGAUCGCUCUUCUUUGUAUUGCAGACAUGCCUUUUGUGUUGAGUGUCCGACCUAUAUCCGCUUCCGUAGUUUGGCGGUCCCGAAGGUUGAUUUCGAGGCCUACCGUGCCCAAGUCGCAACCCAAACUGCCUGUUAAAGAACUAGUUUUGUCCAUCCGAAAAGGCUACUCCUUAUCUACUGUUGCCCCGGUAGCAGAAUCAACUUUGUCACCGCCUCAUUUUCAGACCCUCCAGACGGAGGUUAUCCCUGAGCCUACUUGCAGGUUUCUUACGAAGAACUUACCCUGAAAGAGGGGAUCAAAUCGGCCUAGACUCAUUCCCCUGCUCCUACCGGACCUGACAAUAUGAGGAUGUUUGCAUCUUGGGCUAUCCCUCCAGUUCUAGUGGUGAUCCUUGCCGACGUGGAGGCGUAUUUCGCUCAGGAUCUCACCGGGGACAUCAUUCCUCCUCCGGUUUUCGUCGGGCAGGAUCAGGAUCCCUUUGCCGCUUAUCAAUUCUUUCUACCAGGUAUCUUUUUUGGCUACAACUGCGUCUACACCUCUGCAUUCGGACUGUAGAAGGCAACUGAAGGAUCUUGCUGAUCACUUGGGUGAAGCUUCUGGGCGACGGAAGAUGUUACAGGGCCUUCGCAGUUGAUAACUCCAAAUAGAAGCAUAUUCUUAGCUUGAAAAAACUGUGUAUUACUCGAAUUUCUGUAUAAAAACCAUCACAAUGAAUCAUCA